AUGGAGGAGUUGAAGGAAAAGUAUCCGAACUAUGAAGAAAUGGAUAUAGACACCAUAGACAACGAACUAUCAUUUCUCAAUAGGAAUCUCGAGGAAAGUGAAACUAUCGAGGAGACCCAGGAUAUUAACGAGGAAAUUAAUUACAUACAGGAACUGAGGAGGAGAAAAAUAUUGACUGAAGACCUUACGAGAGAGCAAUUAGCUGAGAAAUUCCCUGACCUAUCUAAUCUAUCAUACAAUGAUCUAAUGGAUAGGGGAGACAGACUGUUAAAUGAAUUAAUACUAUCCAGUUUGGACGAAGAAGAUUUCAAAGAAAAGUCGGAAGAACUGAGGUACGUCAGAAUGCUAUCAAAUGAUUACCAAAGAGAGUCAAACUUAAAUAGACUUCUCAACUUAAGAGACAAAGUGAAAAAGAGGGAUCUCAUUAAACGGGAUGAUCGUAGGAGACUGCAGAGGCUUAAGUUAUGGGCAAGGGAGAAUGCAGGCAUCUUAUCAGCUGUUCUAAUUUCCUCAUCAGCUGUAAUCAUAGGACUGGUAGCAUCAACUAGAAACAUAUUGUGGAAAGUAGGUGACACAACAGGAAAGCUUGAUAAGAAGAUCAGUCAGCUGGUAAACAACCAAGUGCAACUACCACCCGUAUUCCAGAAGAUAGCUGAUGGAGUAGAGUUAGCAGCGGAUAAUAUAUGGAUAGUCAUUGUAUGUGCCGUAGUAGUUCUACUGUAUGAAUAUAACUAA